GGAUUGGUAGUCCUACGCAUUUCCUUGGGAAAAUAUGCUUUGAUUUGUCAUGUCUGAAUGCUGUUAGGGUUUUAGUAUUUACUUUGUGUGGAAUGCAUGCAUUGUGUAGCUUAAUUCUUUAGGGUUAAUUUCUUGAGAUUCCUCCUAUUAUUGUGGUUGUUUCAUGUAAUUCCUCAUACUUAAUUUUGUGCCACUCGAUGCUCUAAGUUUUUGUUUUGAACUUUCAAUCACUCAAUUCCCUCGUCAUAUCACCCUUUAUCAACUCUUCCUUGUAAUUCCAUUAAAAAUAGUUAAUAAAGUGAUACACAUGAUUACAUUAAAAAAAAGAAGUGAUACACAUGAACCAAUUUGAGUUGAGAAUUUUUAAUCCAAAUGUUAGCUAGCUUAUUGGAAACAAAAUCAGAUCAUGGGCUCAAACCCUAAAAUUGAAUUAGGGUUUUGAUGAAUACCAUCCCUCUGCUCAUUCAAAUCAAUUUAGGGCUUAAACUGAACUCAGUGCACUUCUCCUUCAUUGUAAUAAAGAAUUUGAGUAUGCAGUAUUUUUAUUUGUAUUCAAGUAGGGAUAGUACAAUGAUUGAAUUCUAGGGGAGUGGAUGUGACAAGUGACAAUUGCAAUAGUUGGAGGCGAUAUGAUGCUUUUCCAUCAUCUCCGAUGGAGCCAAAAUUUCACCAUUUUUUGGCUUUGGGGUGUGAUGGAAUAAAUCAAAAUGGAUCUGUAAACUGUCUGCGCUUCUUUAAUUAAUGAAGUAGCAGUUAGUCAAGCAAUGCAACUUUCGACGUUGAGCCGGGGGUCUCUUUGGAAACAGCCUCUCUACUUUCGAGUAGGGGUAAGGUCUGCGUACACACACCCUCCCCAGACCCUACUCUUGUGGGAUUUAACUGGGUUGUUGUUGUUGUUGUUGGAGGGGAUAUGAUGCCUGAGUCAUAAUUAUACGGGGUCGAGUGAUUCAAAAUGAAGCUAGAGGGAUUGGAUUAGAAAAUUACAAUAGUCAGAGGGGUCUCAUGGACUUAACAUUACUAUCUAUGCCAAAGGUGCAACUCUCAUCAUUGUGCCUUAAUCUUGCUAUUCUGUUUCUCUAAUAUUGAGCGCCCCCACCCUGCUGUUUUUUUCCCUACAUAAAGUCCAUAUAUGAUACUUAGUAGCCUUUUGCCACAAAUCAUUAUGCAGUUCAGAUUAGAGACUUUGUUAUUGCCUCAUCUUUUUUGUUAUUGCAGGCAAAUGUAUCAUGUGAAAUUGUUGUAGAUACAAAUAACCAAACAAUGACCAGUCAAAAUUGUUACCCCGAGUACUUUUGGAUGUAGAGACAGCACAAAUGCCACAACUGGUUUGGGCAUACUUACACACACUAUGUUGUACAAACACCACUUUCUUCCUUGGAUACACUCUCCUUUUUGCGGGCAUACACCACGGCACUAGUUUGGGGCGACCGCCUUCAACAAUAAUCCGAUGACCGAGGGAUAACCUGUGUGUAGGGCCCAGUUUUUCCUCUCCUUUUUGUGGACUCUUCCUUUUCUUGCUAUUCAAAAUGUGCUAUUUAAUGUAACUUGAUUAUUUAUUUUAGCACACUUUGCUUUGAGAGGCGAGGUUCAGUGCACUUUCAUUAUGAUGUAGACAAAAAACAAAGGUUUUGGUACCUAUGUUUAUGUUUAAAAAUCAUUAUGCUGUAGACAAAAAACUAAGAUUUAAAAAUCAAACAGAUAGAACUCUUAUAAAUAUAAGGAGAUGGACCCGAAGCAGCGGAAGAGGGCGGUCUGCCUCAACAUAAUUGCCCCCUGCGCCGCCAUCGUAUUGAUCAUCGGCUUUUUGGCGUGGCUCUUGUGGCCCACCGACCCGGAGUUCACCGUUGUCGACCACCACAUCAGAGACGUGAAUAAGGACCUUUUCCCCCCCACCUUGACUUUCAAGAUGGACGUCACCGUUAAGGUCCGCAACAAAAGCGUCUACACCUUCAAGUAUGACUCCUUGAACAUGACGAUCCGCCACGACGGAAAUCUGCUGGCCGUCGUGGAACCCACCAGUGGCGGCGGGGCCAUUGCCGGCAAAGCUGUGUCGUUGGUCAACGCCACGCUUGACGUCGACAUGAUCAAAAUCAUUAAGCAUUCCCCUUCUUUAAUCGCCGAUCUUUUCACCCAUCUUGGUGCCAUUCCUUUAGUUAUGCAAGCGAACGUCACUAAUGCCAAAUUCGGCAUCGGCAUCUUCACUCCUUCCUACAAGAUUUAUUUCUUGACACCAUCCCUCAGCCUCAGGGAAUCUAAUAGCCUCAAGGUAGGUCUGUGGCUCGUCAUUCUCAACAAGGAAGACAUCACCUUCAUAGGUUAAGAGAAAAUUAGGUUGGUUCCGUGUUUAAGUAGACCUGCUAGAUUCUUGUGCAUUCACAGGGUUGAGGUACAUACAAUGAUUUGUUCCUCUUGACAGUGACGGAUCCAGGAUUAUAGGUGACUGGGGGCAUUGUAUUAUAGGGUCUGGGG